AUGAAUACCCUCCAAGAAGCAAGUAAACUAUACAAGGCCUUUAAGAAGGGAGGUCCGAGUUUCGGAGGCUGGCAGAUGCUUCCGGGAACAAACCAUGCUCGGGCAAUUGCGCGCUCCGGCGUGGACUGGAUAUGUGUUGACUGUGAACAUGGCAACAUUGAUGACAGCCAAAUGCACGAGGCAAUCACAGCCAUAGCAAAAGAAGGAGUCAGUCCACUCGUCCGCAUCGCAGCAAACGAGGCAUGGAUGGUGAAGCGAGCCCUCGACGCCGGUGCCCAUGGUGUAGUUGUACCGCUAAUCUACACCGUCGAAGACGCCAAACGCCUCGUAUCCUCCGCUAAAUUCCCUCCCGAAGGCCACCGCGGAUUCGGUUCACCUUUCCCACUGCAAUGCUUCAACGACGAACCUGUAGCAUAUUACCUUCAAAAUGCCAACUCCACCAUCCUCACCAUAGUACAGAUAGAAACCGCCUCCGCCCUGGAGCAUGUCCGUGAGAUUGCUGCGAUACCAGGCGUCGAUUGCUUGCUCAUUGGCCCGUUUGAUCUGGGGAAUAAUAUCGGAAGACCUGUUCUCGGUGAAAUGCACCAGGAGCUGAAGGACGCAAUCGAGCAGAUCAAGGAUGCGGCGCAUGCAGAAGGGAAAAAAGUAGGCAUUUACUGUGGAAACGGUGAGCAGGCGAGAGGUUAUGCGGAAAGGGGGUUUGACUUGAUCAGCAUAUUGACGGAUCAAAUGGGCAUUACGACAGCUUUUGUGCAGUCUCUUGCUGUAUCUAGUGGCAAGGCGGAAGGCAGUGAGGAUAAGAGUGCGAAGGGUUAUGAUGGAAAAUAG